UUUUCAUAAAAUUAUAUAAAUUAUAUAUAUAUAUAUAUAUAUAUAUAUAUACAGUAUAACAAACGAAAUGUCAGGAACGUUUUUAAUACUUGCCGGACAAAGAUCAGCAUAUAAAUGGCUUAAGCAUUGUCGUGUAUCGUAUUUAUAUAAGGAUGUGAUUAAAGACUCACAUGUUCAUAGUGCAGUACAGUACUGUAUUUCUGUGAAGGAUAAAGACGUUUUAUCUAAGAUAAACGACUUUACAAAAUAUGAAGAUGUAGCAAAUACAAACAAUUCACAUUCAAAUAUUAAAUUGGAAGAGAAAAAGCAAACUUACGAUAAAUUAGAAGAAAAUUAUGAUAAACUUGGACAUCAAAAAUGUAAUAAGGAAUCCUUAAAAAGAUUGGAACGGUUGUAUCCAGAUCCAAAAUCUUCUCUAACUUCCAUUUACACAAUAAUCAGUCAUGAAUUUAAUGACAAAACAGCACUAACUUCACGUGUUGUGGGAAUAACUGUAAAGAAAUCUAAAUUAUGGGAAAGUACUUUGGACGUCAAAUGGCCAGAACCUAUGUCUUUUAAAAGUAUUAGUAAAACCAAAGGAGUAGCUUUUAAGAAUGCAGCUUUCAAGUGUUUACAAUGGCUAGAAAUGAAUGGCAAAUUGAAAAAUGGUAAACCUAUCAUCUAUGAUAAGACGGAUAUGAGGAAAAUGCAAUUAAAAUCUGUUGAUUUAAGUCUUACCUCUGAACUUUUGCACAAGAUGACAGACUUGAUCGAAACUUAUGAAACGAAAAUACGGGACAUGACAACAUGGGAAAAUGCCUCCAAUAAUGUUACAUACAAUCUAUUACAUCAGAAUAUGUCUCACCAUCAUCCAAUUCUUGGAGAAGCAAAUUACACAGAUACUCAUGAUCGCAAUAAAAUAUUGAGACAUAGAUUAUUUGAAAGACGUACCGAUGAAGCUGUUAAUCUACCAAUAAUCGAAUUUAGAGAUGAAAUUCUCUCUAAGUUAGAAAACAAUCAGGUUUUACUGAUAGAAGGCGACACUGGUUGCGGCAAAACUACUCAAGUUCCUCAGUUUAUUAUGGAUAAUUUUGCAUGGAGUGGGAAUGCUACUGAUUGUAAUAUAUUAGUAUCGCAACCACGUAGAAUCUCGGCGAUUUCUCUUGCGGAUCGUAUUGCACAUGAAAGAGGAGAAGGAGUGGGAGAUGUUGUGGGUUUUCAAGUGAGAUUGGAACAAGUACUACCAAGGGAACUCGGUGGGAUACUCUUUUGCACUACAGGUAUACUGCUGAAAAAAUUGCAGAGCAAUCCCGGUUUAGAAGGAUGUUCGCAUGUUAUUUUGGACGAGGCGCACGAACGUCACAUCGAUACUGACAUGCUAAUGAUUCUACUCAAGAGAGCCCUAAAAAAAAAUCCUAAUUUAAAAGUCCUGAUUAUGUCGGCGACUAUAAACGCGCACAUGUUUCAACAAUACUUCAAUUGUCCUGCUGUUAAAGUACCCGGUAGACUAUAUCCUGUAAAAAUGCAUUUCCUAGAGGAUAUCGAAAGUCUACCAAAUAUCCGAAAAUAUCGGCAGUAUGGUUAUUAUCGUCAUAAGAAUGACGAAAAUGAAAGGCUCUCAGUUGAUUACGAGAAAGUAGUACAGGUUAUAAAAUGGAUUUCUGAAAAUAAAUCACCUGGUGCUAUUUUGUGCUUCUUACCUGGAUGGAAUGAAAUUACACAAGUGCAGAAUAUGUUAGAGUCUUUACCGCUUGAAAAGGAAAAACAACUGAUCUUGCCGAUCCAUUCCAAAGUAUCGCACAGCGCGCAGCGCAAGAUUUUCGAACAUACAUCCGCGGACACACGGAAGAUUAUUUUGGCUACAGACAUUGCUGAAACUGGCAUCACCGUUAGUGACGUGGUUUACGUUAUAGAUUCUGCUAUACGAAAGGAAUCGCGAUGGGAUAAUGAUAAAGAUUUACUGUGUAUAAGCAAUCGCUGGGUUUCGCAAGCAAACAUUCAUCAGAGAAAAGGAAGAGCCGGGCGAGUUAAACCUGGUGAAAGUUAUCAUAUAAUUACAAAAGCAGAAUAUACAAAAUUAGAACCGCAUCCACUGCCGCAAGUGUUGUGCAAUCCUCUGGAAAAAGUAGUUCUCGACACUAAAACGUAUACGAACGAAAAGGCGGAUAAAUUUCUGAGUGGCUUGUUGGAACCGCCUAGUCCAGUUUCAAUACAGAAGGCGGUAAGGAAUUUAAUAGAUCUCGGAGUUUUGGAUGACGAGGAGAAUCUUACAGCAUUGGGUAAACGAAUGGCGUUAUUCCCGAUGCAUCCUAAAUUUAGUAAAGCGUUGGUAUAUUCCUCCAUUUUUAACUGCAUACAUCCUAUUGUAACAAUAGCUAGUGCAUUCUCCGGUGAAAAUAAUAUCUUUUAUGGUGUACUGGAUCACAAAUCCGAAAUCAGGGAAAAUAAAAAAUUGUACCAUCCAUCCAGUGACCAUAUUGCAUUGGCAUGGAUAUAUAAGCAAUGGUUCAAACACUAUAACACGAGUUCACAUUUAAUACUAAGAUUCUGUAAACAAAUGAGACUUCGGCAGAACAGAAUGGAAGUGUUAAGUCAGAUACGAAAUACGUUUAUUCAACAGCUGAUUCAAAGCCGUUUAUUGAACAAAAAUACAACAUAUUUUGAUAAUUUUGAUAAUGUAAUGAAUAAAUAUGAGAAUAAUGACGAACUAGUACGAGCUCUGUUAUAUUCUGCUACACAGCAAUUGAUAGAACAUAAAGACAUGGGAUUUAAAAAUGGAAUCCUGAGAAAGGGCGUUAACGAACUCCGAACUCAGGGUCGUGCUAUAGCUGUUAUUUCGGGAGAAAGUGUUAAUUAUAAGCGAAAAGUUUGGCCGUCUUCUUAUCUGACGUAUUUUAAUGGUGCGCAUUGCGAAAUGAGACGUGGUACAGUGGUUCGUGAAACAAGCAUGAUAUCACCUCUGUCAAUAUUACUUUUUAGUCAGGGAGAAGCUCGAUGUUACAAGCAAAAUGAUGGCAGAAUAGAAAUUGUAAUUAAGAUUAAUCCACGAUAUACUUUAAGAUUUUCUUGUGACAACGAAACUGCGAAUGCGCUCCUAAAAUUUAGAAAUAUUAUGUGGUCAUUAGUACAAUACUCAUUGGAGAAGCAAGGAGUUGUUGAAUACAAUGAUCUUAAUUCAAAGCAAAUAUUUGAGUACAAAGAUGAUUUACUCGAAACUCUUUCAGAAAUUCUGCAUGUGUCGUCUAAGUCCAUAGAAGAUGUAGAUGAAAAAAUCUCUACAGCUUAAAUGUAUAUAAUAUGAUACAUUGUAUAUAAUAAUAAUAAUAAUAAUUCGGAAGUUUCAA